UAUGCUCUAUUCGUUACACGCAAAUCUUAGAAGCAAAAAAUAAAAAAAUAUGUAUCUUUCGAAGAUAUUUCAAACAUCGCUCUCCUACUGCAUGUUUGUCAGACAAAUCUGAAAAAGUUUCUAUCAAGUUGCAAGUGUAGAAGUAACGCAGAAAAAUCGCAAGAAUGUGUUAGACAUGUAUUGAUCUUAUUCUUAUGAUAAGCAAUUGCCCUCUGUAGAAACAGAAAUCUGUUGGUGCGGUUUACAGAGUAACAAGAUAUUUAUGAUAAUAAAUAUCUGUCUGCUUCUGUACAUUUAUCUGUAUCGUUGCCCAGAAAUUCUUCUUUUUUAGAAUAGUUGUAAAUAAAAUAAAAUAUUUCCAGAAGAGUAACUGUUAAGAUUCAAAAUUGUUUGCAAUAUAUUUUCUGUACUUAAGAGAGAAAAAUAUAUCUUGACGAUUUGGUUGUCGUUUACAUACUGCGCGGAAUACUGUAUUUUACCUUGGGCUCCCCUUAUUCACCGUUCACCCUAAAUAAUCGAAAAAUAAUCGCCGCAACAGUACAAUCACACGUGCGAGGAAAAUUAACACCGUGAGUGAAAAUUGCCCGAAGACAAUGUUUUGUUCGCUGACCACCGGAUGUUUCCCAUGUUAUUACGCAAACAUUGUACGCACGCUGUCGAUCGAUCCCCUCGGUGCUUCUGAAAAAAAUUCGCACUUUCACGCUAAAUGUUCGCGCGCUGUCAAUCGAUCCCCUCGAUGCUUCUGAAAAGUUCUCACUUCCACGCUAGACGUGUACAUUUUUCUUCGACGUAAUUUACCCGAUAAUAAAAAUAAACAAAUAAGUGGUGGAAAAAAUAAAAUUGACCUUAAGAAAAAAAAAAACGAUUAUAGCAUUAAAAUAAAAAAGAAAAAAAUUUAAAUUCACGAUCUCUUGCGCCUACGGUCAGUCUCUUCGUAACUUUCCGAGUAAAUGGAAUAUCCCGAAGAGCGUUACUAUAAACUACAUCGACUUCUCUUGACUUCCGUCGGACUAUGGCCUUAUCAAAGCAAAUGGAGCACAUAUUUAAUAAGGACUGUUAUUACUAUCAUAUCGCUAUUGGGCAUAAUUGUUCAGAUGUCGAGUUUUUUUACGGUUGACAACAUAGACACUGACUACAUAAGCGAUUUGUUGCCAAUAUUACUAUGUACAUUUGGUAUCGUGGGCCACAUGUAUUUACGUAUCAUGCACAUAGACAAAAUUAGAGAACUAUUUGAACGUAUAUCGAAUGAUUGGAAAUUUCAAAAGACACGUUAUGAGAUCAAAGUCAUGCACAAACAUGCAGAGAUAACGAGAUUAUUCACAUUUUAUUACCUCCUUGCAAACCUUAUAAUUAUAGUGGCGUAUUACAUAUGGAUGUCAGUACCGGAAAUUCUCGAUGUUAUAUCGCCCAUGAAUGAAUCUCGUCUGCGAAUACAACCUUUUAAAGCUAAGUUUUUCAUCGAUGAGGAACGAUACUUUUACUUCAUACGCUUCCUUAUAUGCGCUCUGAUUUUUACAAUACUAAUAACUAGUAUUACCUAUCUCGUGACAAGUGUGGCUUUUGUGCAACAUGUUUGCGGAAUGUGCGAGUUGCUCGGGUAUCGGGCGGAACGCUUGUUCUCCGUUGCUGAAGAGACGGCAAAAUCUGAUUUAAUACGAUCAAAAACAUACUGCGGAAACAUCGUCGUUUUUAUACGGCUGCAUUACAACAUUAUAAAAUUCAUUGAUUUGAUCGAAAUUAUUCACACAAUACCGUUUUUCAUGGACACGCUGGGAUUAAUAUUUGUGACAAGCAUAGCACUUAUGCAGAUAUUAUUCAUUGAUGAUAUUGAACGAGUUUAUAGAUUUUUGUAUACCAGUACUAUGGCAAUGGUGAUUCUAUUCUCGUUUAAUUUUUUGGGACAAAAAAUUACAGACGCAAACUUGAACGCAUGCGAGAAACUAUAUAACUCUAUGUGGUACAAUGCAAAUAUUUCAGAGCAGAAAUUAUUAAUAUUAAUAUUGAAAAGACGCUUUUAUCCGACCGUUAUAACUGCUUGUAAGUUUUAUGUGAUGUCCUUGCAGAGUUUUGGAAAGAUAUCUCAAACAAUACUCUCCUACUUCAUGUUUAUGAGACAAUUCUGAGCACACUUCCAUCAGCAGUAGACGCAAAAAUAAGAAUAGAAAAUGUAGUCUACUAGCAUGUAGUCUACCUCAAUCUACGUUAAUUCAUGAGAAAACACGUUAGAGAUCUUGAAUUUAAAGUGUAAAAAAAUUUACUGAUGCGUUUGCCAGGUAAGUUUACGCAUACAGAUACAGUGUAACGAACAAAGAAUGUAAAUUUCCAAGAUACAUUAAUGAAAACUUUUGUAUAAUUUUUUUUUAGGAAAAAAGUAGAACUAAAUAUUCAAGACAAUGCUGAAAAAAUGUUAACUAGAAAACUAGAAAUAAAUUAAAGUAUUUAUGAUAGUAUAUUGUAGUUAUAAUAAAAGAUAAUUCUUAAAAAUUAUCCAAUGUAAUAAUCUUGAGCAUCCCAAGCAAAAAAACAGAUGUAUAAACAAAAGAUGUAUUAUUAAGUUAAAUAAUAUAAAUAUAUAGUAUCAGAUAAAUCUGACACAAAUAUAGAUAUUAAUAGAUACUUCUCUUAUCCUAUCUCUAAAUAUAAAUCCACAUAUUUAUAUUAAAUUGAUUAUAAUACAGA